GAACUGAAGUCUCGCGAUAAGCAGGCGGGGAGAGUCGGUGACAGCACCGCACCCGGAAGUUUCACUGACGUUUAUUCGGUGUCUGGAACGCGGAGAGCUGAGGAUGGAUGAUACUUUGUUUCAGUUGAAGUUUACGUCAAAGCAGCUGGAGAAGCUUGCCAAGAAAGCGGAGAAGGAUGCUAAGUCAGAGCAAGCCAAAGUCAAAAAGGCUUUACAGCAGAAGAACGUAGAGGUGGCAAGAGUCUACGCUGAGAAUGCCAUCCGGAAGAAGAAUGAAGGGCUCAACUGGUUGCGAAUGGCAUCACGAGUGGACGCUGUGGCCUCCAAGGUCCAGACAGCGGUUACCAUGAAAGGGGUGACUAAGAACAUGGCACAGGUGACCAAGGCUUUGGAUAAAGCCCUGAGUUCCAUGGACCUACAGAAGGUUUCUGCCGUGAUGGAUAAAUUUGAGACUCAAGUUCAGAACCUGGAUGUGCACACAUCGGUGAUGGAGGAUUCCAUGGGCUCGGCGAUGACCCUGACCACCCCUCAGGAACAAGUGGACAGCCUGAUUGUACAGAUUGCAGAAGAGAAUGGGCUGGAGGUCAUGGAUCAGCUGAACCAACUACCCCAGGGGGCAACAUCAGUGGGAGAAAGCUCCACACGCACCCCGGAGGACCAGCUGUCUCGCAGACUGGCUGCUCUGAGAAAUUGAAGUUUCACACCGUCUGCUUCUCUGUAUCCUGCCUGGAAAGGGUCAAGAGCUUUGGGUACCUGGGGUCACUUUUACUGCAAGUGGCGUUGGAAAUCCCCACGGGAGGAUACGCAGAGCCGUGAUGCUGCUGCAUGUGCCGGUGCUCGAUCCUGAGGCUGACCUGGCCAUACUGUGUCAAAGCAGGGUUAUCACUCGGGGGCUUCGCAUUUCAUGUGUAGAACAGAAAUCACCCUUCUAAUGUCCCCAAAAUCCCCUCUGCUGUGCAACUGCUUGCCUUGUCCCAGACCCUCUUCGAGUGUCAUAAAAUGUAAACGUUAAUUAUAAAUAUUGGCUGAAAUCAAUGCAAACUUUUAUGUUCGUUUUGGCCAAACAUGUUUUUUUACAUUAUAGAUUAGUCUAUGGAUUCUGUACCCACAUAUAAAAUACUUCUGGGUGUUUUGGGUCUUGCAAAAUAGGGUUUAUUCCUACAUACACUAAAGACACUUUACCUUUUCUGUCUGUACAAUACAGGAUUAUCUCCUUUU